CUCGUACAUUCCAACCUAACCCAAUCCCUUUUUUCUCUCUCUCUCUCUAACACACACACACAAAGAAAGAAGAAAAAAAAGAAUAGGCAAUGGAAAUAGAGGGAAGCCAAGCGGUGGUGGCAAACAAGGUAUGGAACAUAGUAAGAGUAUUAUUCUUCAUGUUGAGAAAGGGAAUAGCGAAGAGCAAACUGGUCAUGGAGUUCCAUUCCAUUCUGAAACGAGGCAAACUCGCCGGUAAGGCUUUGCUCAACACCCUCAUCUUCAACCACCAUCACCACCACCUCACGUGCCGCUCACACGACACACACCUCUCCUUCAUCUCUCCCCGCCUCACCACCGACUACGAGUUCAGCUGCAGCAACAGCCCCGCCGUCAAAGUCAACCGUUUACGCUCCACCAUCAAACGCACCAAACACCACUCCAAAUACGACGACGUUUCAACCCUCACCGCCGUUCAGAAAGUCCUUGAAAUGUUGAAUAACACUGAUCAAAACAAGGUUGACGCUUCGCCUCUCGUCACAUUGUCAGGGUUCGGUAAGAGCCCUAUUGGGAAACAGUUGAGGGUUACCGAUUCACCCUUCCCUCUCAAGGACGAAGGUGAUAACGGCCAAGUUGACAUGGCUGCCGAGGAAUUCAUCAGGAGGUUUUACAAGGAACUCAACAUGCAGAAAAAACUCGCUCUUGAGUCUCCUAAUUACCAUAACUACUACUCUACUUGGGACAGAUAGUAAGAUGAUCAAUGAAAACACCACUACUUCACCUUCUUUCUACCUUUAAUAAUUUGUCCAUGUAAAUCUCAGCGUAUAUAAGUCACAAGCAUCGGCACCUACCUUCCUUCCACCUAUUUUUAGCUGCUAUAAAUGUCGAUCAUCAUCGUCAAAGUAAUUACUUGGUCAAAUUGAUCAUUAGCACGUGGCAUCAUACUCAUCAUUACUGGCACAACCGGAUGAUGAUGACUAUAAUCGCGUGAUGAAUUUUGGUAUUGCUUUGACGACGUUUAAUUUAAUUAAUUUGGUGGUCCAUCUCUAGCAGUUUCUUUUUCUCUCUGGAUCGGAUAAUGGAUCAAGGCCAGGUUCUUGGGAAGGUGCUGCAAUUCUGCAUGAUGAUGAUGCUUAAUUAAUUUCUUAUUCUCUGCUUUUGAUUAUAAUCUUGUUUCGGUUCACUACACCCUGAUUUGGUGUUUUUGGACUGUUUAUUAUCUUUUCAUACCUGUAUUAUCACAUAUCAUUGGAGUUUAAUUGUUAAGUUGGUUGAUGAAAUAAAAGCAAAAGAUCGAAAAAUAUAAAUGAAAAAAAAAAAGAAGCAGGUCUACAUGUAUAUUGUUUGUGCCUGUCUUGCUGAUGUGGUUAAGAAUUUUACUCUCCAUUCCCAAUAAAGGAUGCCACCUACUAUUAUGACUUUUUCAAAAUAAAGUGGGAGAUAUAAAAGCAAGAGCGUUAUGUUCGUAGUGGUUGUAUGUUUGUAAGAAAAUAAAUGACCAGCUUUCCAAGGUUGGUGAGUUGUAAAAUUCUGCUUUAUUAAUGACUUCCCUUUAUGUGCGUUUUCUUUCA